GAAAGCAGUCAUACUGGAGAGCAACCCUUUAAAUGCACUCUAUGUGGGAAAACCUUCCCCUAUAUCACUGUUCUUAUAUGGCAUAAAAGAACACACACUGGAGAGAAGCCUUACAAAUGUAAUCAAUGUGGUAAAGCCUUUGCAAAAAGCAGUCAGCUCAUACGGCAUAAAAGAACACAUACUGGAGAGAAACCUUAUGAAUGUAACCAGUGUGGUAAAGCCUUUGCACAAAACAGUCAUCUCAUAAGCCAUAAAAGAACACACACUGGAGAGAAACCUUAUGAAUGUAAUGAGUGUGGCAAAGCCUUUGCAGAAAACAGUACUCUCUUAAGCCAUAAAAGAACACACACUGGAGAGAAACCUUAUGAAUGUAACCAGUGUGGUAAAGCCUUUGCACAAAACAGUCAUCUCAUAAGCCAUAAAAGAACACACACUGGAGAGAAACCUUAUGAAUGUAAUGAGUGUGGUAAAGCCUUUGCAAAAAACAGUCAUCUCAUGAGCCAUAAAAGAACACACACUGGAGAGAAACCUUAUGAAUGUAACCAGUGUGGUAAAGCCUUUGCAGAAAACAGUCAUCUCAUAAGACAUAAAAGAACACACACUGGAGAGAAGCCUUACAAAUGUAAUCAAUGUGGUAAAGCCUUUGCAAAAAGCAGUCAGCUCAUACGGCAUAAAAGAACACAUACUGGAGAAAAAUCUUAUGAAUGUAACCAGUGUGGUAAAGCCUUUGCACAAAACAGUACUCUCUUAAGCCAUAAAAGAACACAUACUGGAGAGAAACCUUAUGAAUGUAAUGAGUGUGGUAAAGCCUUUGCAGAAAACAGUACUCUCUUAAGCCAUAAAAGAACACACACUGGAGAGAAACCUUAUGAAUGUAAUGAGUGUGGUAAAGCCUUUGCACAAAACAGUCAUCUCAUAAGCCAUAAAAGAACACACACUGGAGAGAAACCUUAUGAAUGUAAUGAGUGUGGCAAAGCCUUUGCACAAAACAGUACUCUGUUAAGCCAUAAAAGAACACACACUGGAGAGAAACCUUAUGAAUGUAACGAGUGUGGU